GAGAGAGAAAAGCUUGAGUUUACAAACUUUCCAUCGGGACACAAACUUGCCGCAAAGUUACGCAGCGGAGGAAUAUCUCUCAAAACUCUCAAUGCGGGACAACAUCACAUACACUUCUGUAGCUUUAUGACAACUUUUUAGAGACUUUGAAGGACUUUCUUUUUUUUUUAAGUAGACCGAAACUACUUUUACCAAAGAAAGAAAAAAUAGAAAAAGAAAAGGAAAAAAACCCCAGGGCCCAGCCAAAGAACUUACUACAGUUUCCAGGAUUAUUUUUUUAAUCGAGUAUUUUCAUACGAUUUUCGGGUUUGUGUAUUUUUAUAUCGAACAAAAUGAGCAGUAACCCUCUCCAGCCGUUACCGGGCCAGCAGGUGAUCCAUGUCGCCAAAGACCUCGACACGGAUCUGGAGGCUCUGUUCAACUCUGUGAUGAACCCCAAGCCCAGCAGCUCCUGGAGGAACAAGCAUCUUCCCGAGUCGUUUUUCAGAGAGCCGGACUCGGGCUCGCACUCCCGGCAGUCCAGCACCGACUCCGGCAGCCUCCCGCCGCGUUGCCCGGUGGCGCACGUCCGCUCGCACUCCUCCCCGGCGUCCCUGCAGCUGCCCGCGGCGCUGGGCGCUCCGAGCCCCGGGAGACACCACUCUCACACCCGGCACCAGUCCUUCGAUGUGGCCGAGGAGCUGCCGCUGCCGCCGGGCUGGGAGAUGGCGUACACCCCCAGCGGACAGAAGUACUUCCUCAAUCACGUUGAGAAGAUCACCACAUGGCACGACCCCAGGAAGACCAUGACACCCUCGGUGACCCAGAUGGGUCUGCACAAUCAAGCCUCCAACAACGGCAACAUACAGCAGCGCUCCAUGGCUCUCUCUCAACCCAACCUCGUGCUGAGCCAGCAGGCCCAUCAGCAGCACCUCCAGCAGCAGCAGCAGCAGCAGCAGCAGCAGGUCCAGGUCCAGGGCCCCCAGCAGCAGAGCUCUCAGCCCAUGAUGAGCAUGAGCGGCCCCAUGAGCGCCCAGCAGCACCAGCAGAAGAUGAGGCUCCAGCGCAUCCAGAUGGAGCGAGAACGCAUCCAGAGGAGACAGGAGGAGCUCCUGAGACAGGAGGUGGCGCUCCGGCAGCUGCCCAUGGACUCUGAUAAUAUGGCACCGGUGGCACCAAACAUCAGCUCUCUACCAAUGACGCAGGGCAACAUGCCCAACAACAGCUCAGACCCCUUCCUCAACAGUGGGCCGUAUCACUCGCGGGAGCAGAGCACAGACAGCGGGCUGGGACUGGGCUGCUACAGCAUCCCCACCACUCCUGAGGACUUCCUCAACAGCAUGGAGGAGAUGGACACAGGUGAGAGCAUGGUGCAGGUCAGUAUGAGCGUCCCGCCUCAGAGCCGUUUCCCAGACUUCCUGGACUCCAUGCCUGGCACCAACGUGGACCUGGGCACCCUGGAGGGGGCCGACCUCAUGCCCAUCCUCAACGACGUGGAGUCGGUCCUGAACAAGAGCGAGCCCUUCCUGACCUGGCUCUAGACUCACUCACACCACACUAAAGACUCUUUUAUAUAAAUACAUCUAUAUUAUAUUAUAUAUUCAGUCAGCUUCUUCCUCUAG